ACCAAGCUCCCUGUUCCAUCUCUCUCUUACCCUCUCCAUCCCCUUCCUCUUCUAUAAAAAAAGGCCGCCGCUCCCCCAUCUUCCCCUACCUCUAGACCUCCGUUGCUCCCUUUCUCACAACAGCUCUCCAUCUUGGGUGCACCCUUUCACGCUCUGACCUUCUCUCCCCCUCUCUUGCGACAACAGUUGCAGCAAUCGUAGAUCAGCAAUUAUCCCUGCACCCGCUCAUCUCAUGACCACUCGACCACACCAACACAGCAACACCAGCACAGUAGUGGACCGCGUUAUCGUUGCCGCUUUCCGCUGUUCGUCGUCACCGUGCUCAGCUUCUUCUUUGGCCUCCUCUGUUCCCGAUGAGAUCCUCCAACUCCGACAGCCAGGUCAGCCACAGCAGCUCCGACCAGGAGCAGCAGCACCACGCCUCCAGUCGCCUCCUCACGGCCGGCCCCUCAGACGCCGUGAAGCCCCCCCUCCAACUCCGGCAGCCAACGACACCCAGCAACAGCAGUAGCAACUCCGGUGACCCUGAUCCACCUCCAGUAACACCCACAACCUUAUGGAAACCCAGAGGGAUCGGCUGGUCAUGGCCGCCGUUGAGUGAUUGGAGCUUCCCUGCUAAAAGGGAAACCCAGAAAGACCGGCGGGUCAGGGGCGUCGUUGAGUGAUUGGUGCUUCCCUAAUAGAAGGGUAAGCUAUGUACUAGGAUCAGUAGAUUUUUGUUAUAAGGUCCUAGUGUCAUUUUGAUAUUUUGAGGGUUGUAUAUAUGUACAGUAUUGGGAGAUGUAGUAAACUCUGGUAUUAUGUUUCUAGUAUUAUGCUUUA